AGGUUUAGAAUUGGUCGAUGAUUGCAUAGUAAGGUUGCUGGAGCAUAAAAAGCGCCGCCUUUUGACCGCUACCUUUGUUGCCGUUCGAUGAGUCGUAAUGACUGUUUAACCGGUAUGUUAGCCUAUUUCCUGGAAGUAUAAAUCUUGAUAUAGCGAGGGUGGAUCGUGUACAGUGCGUCGUGAGCAAACUAGGAGAAGACAUCUCCCGUCGGUGUGUUCGCAUAUCGAGAUGCAUCCACGUGCAUUGUACGUGUUUGCAAUCGUGGUUCACGCGACCAGAAGCGUCGAAUGCGAAGAUAAAGUAAGAUGGUAUUCCGGUUUGCGGACUGUGCUGAAGAAUUGUCCACCAGAGUCCUGGAAUAUGGAUCCUGGCCAAGACGAGUUUUUCGAGACGUUUAGGAGGUGCGUGCAAGACCGAGCUUUGGCAGCUUUCGACUCGCUACUGGAUGACGACGUUAUCCCAGUUUUCGAUGGACUGGACCUCGUUCGAUUUCACGAGAGCAGAAUUAAUUAUACGAAUAGGGAGCCCGGAGGAGACGAAACGAACAACUGGACCGCAAUAAUUGUGAAACGACUAUUGCGAGUUUUGCGCACUCACGUAUUCAAGGUCGACGUGGAUCAUCUGACCAACAAUAUCCCUUCUCCAGGAAACGACUCGAAAACGGAAGUAGAGAAUAAUAUAUUCGAAGGUCGCAGACGACGCCUCAGACGAAGACAUCAGCACAUGAUGCCCUUAAUGUUGAUGGGGUUUCUGUUAAUGGGUUCGAUUUUCAUUCCCAUGGGCUUCCAAUUCCUGGCAGUGCUCGGUGGAAAAGCUUUGCUUCUAGCAAAAAUGGCUCUGAUUCUCUCUAGCAUACAAGGAUUGAAAAAAAUAGCCACCAAUGGUGUAAAUUACGGAUUAUACCACGCUCCAGUCGCAGAUCACGGUUGGCACGAGAGGAGCCACAUAGAACCAUCCUCGCCUCACUUGGAUCUACAAUUUCCACCACACCCGCCAUUUCUUCGACCCUAA